AUGUCCAUUCAUAAUAGUUCGAAUCCGAACAUAUCAUCCUCUUCAUCACUUGCAUCUUCCAAUCUUCAACAACAGCAUAAUAAUAACAACAUAAAUCAAAACAAUCCCAAUCAAGGAGGCAACAACAACAAUAAUAACAAUACUCAUACAAUUUCGCAUUUAUCAGCUGGUUUGAAAUCAGUAACCCUUAAUGAUCAACAACAAAAUGAAGUUAAUUUAAAUUUAUUACAACAACAAUUACAAAAUGAAGCCACCACAUCUCAACAACAAUCAAGAAUCACAAAUUUCUUCCAACAUCAACCAACAGAUGGUUAUACUCUCUUCAGUCAUAGAUCAGCUCCCAAUGGUUUCAAAGUAGCUAUCAUAUUAUCAGAAUUAAAUUUACCUUUUAAUACCAUCUUUUUAGAUUUUAAUAAUGGUGAACAAAGAGCUCCUGAAUUCGUCACUAUAAAUCCAAAUGCAAGAGUACCAGCUAUAAUCGAUCAUUUUAAUGAUAAUACUUCCAUUUGGGAAUCAGGGGCUAUCAUAUUAUAUUUAGUAUCAAAAUUUUUAAAAGAAAAUGGUGAAUGUCAAUUAUGGUCAGAUAAUCUUAUUGAACAAUCUCAAAUUUCAAGUUGGUUAUUCUUUCAAACUUCAGGUCAUGCUCCUAUGAUUGGUCAAGCUUUACAUUUUAGAUAUUUCCAUUCUUGUCCUGUACCAAGUGCAGUAGAAAGAUAUACUGAUGAAGUUAGAAGAGUUUAUGGAGUUAUAGAAAUGGCAUUGGCUGAAAGAAGAGAAGCAUUAAUCAUGGAUUUAGAUGUGGAAAAUGCCGCCGCCUAUAGUGCUGGUACAACUCCCUUAUCUCAAUCAAGAUAUUUCGAUUAUCCCGUAUGGUUAGUUGGAGAUAGAGCAACCGUGGCAGAUUUAUCAUUUGUACCUUGGAAUAAUGUGGUUGAUAGAAUUGGAAUCAAUUUAAAAGUCGAAUUCCCCGAAGUUUAUAAAUGGACUAAAUAUAUGAUGAGAAGACCAGCUGUUAUUAGAGCUUUAAGAGGUGAUUGA